AUGGAUUGCUGUGGCAAUUCGAGGAGCAGAACAGUUCUAGAAAAUAUUGCGCUCGUCAGCAAGAAAACCUACCGUGACGUGACCUACCACCUCCGAUUACUGUACCUCAUUGCGAAAAGAGAAGACCCUCCGACAAGCCAUCGACAUCUGAGGCCUUCGAUGGAGGAGCAGGUGGAGGAGCACCAGCAGCGAAACAACAGACUCAAGGAAGAGCAAAUGCAGCAGAAGCUUCAGACGUCAAGCCGUGAUCUCCUGAACAAAACGAGGCGAACAACUGGAAAAGACAUUGGACAACGACUGCUG